AUGAUUCAGAAUUUACUAGUUGACGGUCGUGCUCGGGUCUUGGAAACGCUCCAAAGGGGUUACGCGCCCAGCCAUUUCUCCCACAACCUCGAGCUGAUCUUCGUCAAAGACAGCAGAAGCUCGGCUUCAGCAUCAAUGAAGACCAAGAUUGCCAGCACUCGCGAAAGAUCUGCUCGUAUACGAACAUUGGAUCCACGCACACUCAUUUGGUGGGCUACGGCAUUUCCGAUGAGGCAUUGGUCAGGAGGGAGGAAGAUUAGCAGCUCCACCUUCGAUGGCUUGAUCAGAUAUGCCCCCAGAUGUGCUGCUCAGGCAGCAUCGUUGCUUCCAGCGGUGGCUGCUGAUUUGGAUCGGUUAAGGCAAAAGCAUGCCAAAUGUACCAUGCUUCAAAACUUCUUGGGUGAGUUCUCGGAGCAGCUUGAUACACAAUGGAAACCAUUUCCUAGGGAUGUAGAAGCACUCUCAGAAGAAGGGCGUUAUGUCAACUUCAGCGGAGCUCGAUAUGAGUCUCUCUCAAGACUUCCUGAUCUUCUUCUCUGUGGUAUGGAAAGCUCACGGAAGUUCCAAGAAGAAAAACAGAAGAUUGCGCCGCUAUCAACUGCGCUCAAGAUCUUCGUACCCACAAAUCCAAACCAAGACGACGCUUACUUAUUACUCCCUGUCGGAGUUGGCCAAGUAUGGUCUAUUUUGCACGAACUUGGUGUGGUAGAGUAG